UUUGUUUUCCAUCAUUUAUAUUCUGUAUCCUCUUUAAUUGAUGUGUCUGUCUUGAUUGAUCUUAUGUCCAGCCUUGUCCUUCUUGCUCAUCUCGUUUCACUCCCGGUCUCUUCAUCGUGCACUUUUCUUAAUUUGAAAUUCACGUUUCUCAUUCGUACAUAUAUCUGUGUAUCAUGUCGACAUCAUGAUCUCUUCCUCCUCCUCCAUUUCCGUCCUAUUAAACCUUUUUGCCGUGGUCUGUAUGUCAUCUUCCUCAUCUUCAAAACCUAUCUUCCUCUUCAUUGUUACGUCAGCCGGAUUACGCAACGCGCGAUCAUCACGGACUGA